GGCAGGGUGUUUAGUGAGUGUUGUGAUGGCGCAGGGCCUGCUCCUGCCGGUGCCGCCGUGACAUCGAUGGGGCCUGAGUGAGCCGAUAGACUGACCCUCCCUCGCCUCCGCGCUCCCACCGCCAAGGCGGCCUCAAAGCACCGCUUUACACCUUCAGGUAACGCACUCAUCAGAAACCAUGGAGUCCAUGCUUAAUAAACUAAAAAGCACUGUUACCAAGGUAACAGCAGAUGUUACCAGUGCAGUGAUGGGAAAUCCCAUAACCAGGGAGUUUGAUGUGGGACGCCACAUAGCUAGUUGUGGCUCAGGAAUGGCCUGGAAGAUUUUUCAUGGUGUAAAGAAGUCAACAAAACAGGAAGUGGCUGUGUUUGUUUUUGACAAAAAACUAAUUGAGAAGUGCCAGAAGUUUGAAAAGGACCACAUAAUCGAGUCGCUCAAGAAAGGUGUGCAGCAGCUGACGAGACUGAGGCACCCCCGGCUGCUGACUGUACAGCAUCCGUUAGAGGAGUCCAGAGACUGUUUAGCCUUUUGCACGGAACCCGUCUUUGCAAGCUUAGCCAAUGUCCUCGGUUGCUAUGAACACCUACCGUCUCCUGUCCCUGCAGAAAUUAAAGAGCACAAGCUUUAUGAUGUGGAAAUCAAAUACGGUUUGCUGCAGGUUUGUGAAGGCCUCUCCUUUUUGCACAGCAGUGUUAAGAUGAUUCAUGGGAACCUAACACCGGAGAAUAUCAUUCUGAAUAGGAGUGGUGCCUGGAAAAUCAUGGGUUUUGAUUUUUGCAUAUCAUCUUGCAAUUCAUCGGAACAGGAGCUUAAAUUUACAUGCAAGGAGUGGGACCCAAACCUUCCUCCUUUGUGCCUUCCGAACCCAGAAUACGUUGCUCCGGAGUACAUUCUAUCAGUGAGCUGUGAUCUGGCCAGUGACAUGUACUCCUUAGGAGGUGUCAUGUUCACCGUGUUUAAUGACGGCACACCCAUCUUUGAAGUCAACAAGCAGGACAUCUUCAAGAGUUUCAGCAGACAACUGGAUCAGCUCACUCGAUUAGGCCCUGGCAUACUGCAGAAGGUUCCCGAGGAGGUCCGGGAGCAUCUGAAAUUGCUCCUAAAUGUAACGCCGGCUGUGAGACCAGAUGCUGAUCAGCUAUGUAAGAUCCCUUUUUUUGAUGACAUAGGGGCUAUGACUCUGCAGUAUUUUGAUACCCUCUUCCAGCGAGACAACCUACAGAAGUCACAAUUUUACAAAGGGCUGCCGAAAGUUCUGCCAAAGCUUCCCAAGCGGGUUGUAGUUCAGCGCAUCCUACCGUGCUUGACGUCAGAGUUUGUGAACCCGGACAUGGUGCCCUUUGUCCUGCCGAACGUCCUGCUCAUCGUUGAAGAAUGCACCAAGGAGGAGUACGUUAAGCUAAUUCUCCCAGACCUGGUACCAGUCUUCAAGUUGCAAGAGCCCAUUCAGGUGCUGCUAAUCUUCUUGCAAAAGAUGGAUUUGUUGUUAACAAAAACUCCUCCAGAAGAUAUAAAAAACACGGUCUUACCGAUGAUUUACCGGGCUCUGGAAGCACCAUCAAUUCAGAUUCAGGAGCUUUGCCUGAACAUAAUUCCAACAUUUGCUAACCUGAUAGAUUAUCCAUCCAUGAAGAACUCUUUAAUACCUCGCAUUAAGAGUGCCAGUUUACAGACCUCCUCCCUCGCGGUGCGUGUAAAUUCUCUGGUUUGCCUUGGCAAACUCCUAGAAUAUCUUGACAAGUGGUUUGUCCUAGACGAAAUCCUUCCUUUCCUACAGCAGAUACCAUCUCGGGAGCCUGCCGUUCUGAUGGGAAUUCUAGGUAUAUACAAAUGUACCUUCAGCCAUAAGAAGCUGGGAAUUACCAAAGAACAGUUGGCCUCCAAAGUGUUGCCACACCUCAUCCCCCUCAGCAUUGACAACAACCUGAAUCUGAACCAGUUCAAUUCCUUCAUGGGAGUGAUCAAGGAAAUGUUAAGUAAGUUGGAGGGAGAGCACAAGACUAAACUGGAACAACUGCACAGCAUGCAGGAACAACAGAGAAGUCUGGAUCUACCUGGCCAGUUAUCCAAAGCUGCUGAGUCGAAGGAAAGUCAGGACAAUCAGAUUGACAAGAUCUUCUCCGGUUUUGGUGUGGACCAAACACACACCAAAGCUAACAGAAAGGAAAAUGGCUUGACCUCCAACCCACAGAAGCAAGUCAAGGCCUCUCUGACGUUGGAGGAAAAGCAGCGUCUGGCUAAGGAGCAGGAACAGGCUCAGAAGCUUCGCAACCAGCAGCCGCUUGCCCCAACAGCUGUAAAGGUUUCUGCUCCCAGCUCACAGACGAAAGACCUGACAAGCAGCUUGUUGGAAAACAUGACGUCCAUGAACUCGUUCUCCAUCAACUCAUCCAGGCCAAGCUCUGCGCAGACUGCUUCUUCAAGCGGCUUUUCCGCUACCGGCCCAGCAAAUAGCACCAUGGGGUUCACCAGACCCAGCACCAGCCUCAACGCCUUAGGGGGCACGAGCAACGGGGGAGUCUUCAGUUCCACCUCACCUUUCCAGUCCUCUUUCGCCAUGGGGAUGGGCAGCACAGGGCAGAAUAUCUACGCCAGCCAAGGGAGCUCCAGCAUGAGCUGGAUGCCCGUGUCGUCAUCUGCCAGCCUCCCAGCUUUUUCCGGCAUGGGUUCUCUCAGCCAACCCCUACGCGCUUCAGUGCCGCAGCCCAGCAAAGCCAUGGACAUGUCUGCCCUAGACAACCUGCUGGGCCCUCAGAAGAGCAAAGUCAGCAUGAACCAGAUGGCCCAGGUACCACAGAUCCAUCCAGCACCUCAAAACCAGUGGCUGAGCCAGUUUGUUCCCGCCCAGGGCUCUCCGGCUGCCAACAGCCCAAUGGGAGGGCCACAUCCAAGGGCCAUGGGGCAGCCGGCGUUCCCUGUGACCCCUCUACCGGCCAACCCAUUCAUGUCGCCCCAGAACUUCGCCCAGGCUGGCUUGCCCACGAACUCCACGGCGUCCAGCACGUCAGCCAAUAACGACUUGAAGGACUUGUUCGGCUAGUAAUUUCCCACCUUUACUGCAAACACUUUAUUUCACCCAUCCCCUCACCCCACCCCCCCAGACAGAGACCAAUUAAAUAUGUUUCAGUUCCAUUUGGGUACUUUAUGCUUUUAUACAGAAGUUGUUCCAUUUACUUUGCUGCUGUGAAACCCACAUGGCCUUACGCAAUAAAAGCCACAAACUGCUUUGAAAACGUAUCCCAUGUGUCAUAGGUUGUCCUUUAGCUGGGUGUUGCAGUGAGGAGGUUGUCCGCCUUCGAAAUUCCAUCCGGUGAGAUGCUGCCUAUCUGGGAGCAGUUCUGGAGCCUUACUUAAUGUACAAUGAUAUUAAGCAAUGUAAUUUAUUCCAUGUCUUGUCUCACAGUUUCUGUUCAAAUGGCAGUAAUAGUAAUCUUGCCACCUUGGCUUCUGAUAAGCGAAUCUACAUUGCCUGGAGGACAGAGUCAGGUAAUUUACAGUAGCCACCUGAUCUCUCCAUCUCCUUCUCAUCGGGCAAGAAGUAAACAUGAGCCACUACAAAGACCUUUUUAAAAUUCGCAGGAAUAUCUCUGAUCAGCCAAGCCACGGUUCAGACCCAAUGUGAAUACUCUUGACACUAGCAUUAUGGCCUUUAUGGAUACUGAAUUCCAAAGUUAUCAAACAAAGAAACAUUCCUUUUUUUUUAGUUCUAAGAUACUUGAGUGUCUUCUUGAAAUUGUCUUCAGGUCAUUUUUAGGUAUUCUGUUUGAUUGUAAUGAUUUGCUGAUGAUAAAAUAUAUUGUGUGCAUAUUUUGGCUAAGUCUUUGUGAUGAAUUCUGCAAAAGUUUAAAAUAUACUUUGUCCUAGCAUGGUGUUAUUGUAAAUCAGUUUUGCUGAAUGCUGAAUUAAUUUAAAAAGACAGGAAAUAUUCUUCUACGCCAUUUCAGAUUAUAUGUAUAGUGUUCAGCAACUUUAAGUCACUUUAUACAAGAGAGAGCUGGUAUAGUUUUGGAAGUUAGAAAGUGAAAAUACCAGAUUAAUUUAAAGGAGGAAAAAAAGACAACUUAAGAUGUUUUAACAUUAAAGUGAAGAAAAGCCAGCCAGCAUGAUGUGUGUGUGCAGAUUUCUCGUGGGUGGGAGGGGAAUGCAGAGUAAGAGUGAGAUUGCAGCAUCCUUGCCAUUAAUGCUGGUGGGUGUGGGGGAAAGUUUCUUACUGGGCAAACUGGAAAUGUGACUGUUGCAUGCAGACAUACUAUUGUCUAGAGAAAACAUUCGCAGAAACACUGGCAGUCAACAUACUUUAAAAUCCAUCCAUGGCCAGUCAGAUGUUGAUCUUGUGUAGAUUGUGAAUUUAAAUUGGCUUAUUAUUGUCUCAUGUACUGAGAUGGUGAAAAACCUGCUUUGCUUCCUCUGGUGCAUGCCAUCCAUACAGAUCAUUUCAUCACACUACUGUGUUGAGGUUGUAUGAAGGAAAAUAAUAACAAUGCAGAAUAAAGUGUUACAGCGAAAAUGCAGUGCAGGCAGACAGUAAGGUGCCAGGCUGUAAUGAGGUAGGUUGUGAGUUCUAGUUCAAGUUUAUUACCAUUCAACUGUACAGAUGUAUACAGCCAAGCAAAGCAACGUUCCUCUGGACCAAGGUACACAACAUAGUAUAUAUAACACACACGCACUAAUAUUACCAUAAAUAAGUGAUAUGGGAGAUCAAUAGGAUCAAUAAGUGGUUUUCUGAGUGAAACAUUAAACUGAAAUCCCACUUCAAAGUGCGAGGGAUCAUAUGGCACCAUUCCGGAAAGGAGCAGACCUCUUCCAUCCACUGUCAGUUUAGACCUCUGAAUGCUCCAUGGAUGCAACUAACUCACUAAUCCUCUGUCACAUUUAUUUAUUUAUUGUAACUUAUAAUAGUUUUCUUAUGCCUUGUACUGUCCUGCUGCCACAAAACAACAAAUUCAUUACAAAUAUCAGUGAUAAUAAACCUGAUUCUGAUUGGUUGUUAUCAAAAUACCUUUCCCGAAUGAGCAUGGAACACAACAGCACAGUAGAACCUCUAUUGCCUAAGAUGUUAUGCCAACCCUUUAACCUACUCCAAGAUCAAAUAGUGUUCACAGUUUCAUUGCCCAUUCAGAAUCUGAUGGGUGGUGGGGGCGGGGAGGGAAGAUGCUGUUUCUGAAACUUUGAGCGUGUAUCUUCAGGCUCCCUUACCACCACCUUAAUGGUAGCAAUGAGGAGCAGGCACAUCCUGGAUGAUGGGAAUCCUUAAUGAUGAAUGCCACCUUUUUGAGACAUGGCCUUUUGAACACGUCCUGGAUGCUGGGGAGCCUAAUUCCCAUGAUGGAGCUGGCAGAGUUUACAACUUCCUGCAGCUUUUUCUGAUCCUGUGCAGUGGCCCCAUGAUGAAGCAACCAGUUAGAAUGUUCUCCACAGUACAUCUAUAGAAAUUUGCAAGUGACUUUGGUAAUAUACCAAAGUAUUCACACCCCCACCUCAUGUUUUAUUGUUUUACAACAUUGAAUCACAGUGGAUUUAGUUUGGCUUUUUUGACACCGACCAACUGAAAAAGACUCUUUUAUGUCAAAGUGAAAACAGAUUUUCUACAAAGUAAUCUAAAUUAGUUACAAAUAUAAAGCACAAAAUAAUUGAUUGCAUAAGUAUUCACCCCCUUCAAGUCAGUAUUUAGUGGAAACGCCUUUGGCAGCAAUUACAACCUUUUGUUGUUUUUAAGCCAUUCCUGUGUAGCUUUGACUUUAUACUUCUUCUGGGGUGAUUGUCUUGUUGGAAAACAAAUCUUCUCCCAAGUGGCAGUUCUCAAGCAGACUGCAUCAGGUUUUGCUCCAGGAUUUCCCUGUAUUUUGCUGCGUUCAUUUUACCCUCUACCUUCACCAGCUUUCCAGACCUGCUGCAGUGAAGCAUCCCCACAGUAUGAUGCAGCUGCCACAUUGCUUCACAGUAGGGAUAGUGUGUUUUUGAUUAUGUGCGAUGUUUGGUGUUUAGUCUGAAGGUCAAAAAGCUCAGUUUUAGUUUCAUCAGACCAUAGGGCCUUCUUCCAGCUGACUUCAGAGUCUCUCACAUGCCUUCUGUUAAACUCUGGGCAAGAGUUCAUGUGUUUUUUUUUUCCAACAGUGGCUUUCUCUUUGCCAUUCUCCCACAAAGCUGCGACUGGUGAAGCACCCGGGCAACAGUUGUAUGUGCAGACUCUCCCAUCUCAGCCACUAAAGCUUGUAACUCCUCCAGAGCUGUCAUAGGUCUCUUGGUGGUCUCCCUCACUGGUCCCCUUCUUGCACGGUCACUCAGUUUUUGAGGAUGACCUUCUCUAGGCAGAUUUACAGCUGUGCCAUAUUCUUUCCAUUUCUUGGAGAUUGUCUUAACUGUACUCCAAGGAAUAUUCAGUGACUGAGAAAUUUUCUUCCAUCCAUCUCCUGACUUUUAAUAACCUUUUUGCGAAGUUGCUUGGAGUGUUCUUUUGUCUCUAUAGUGUAGUUUUUGCCAGGAUACUGACUCACCAGCAGUUGGACCUUCCGGAAACAGGUGUGUUUUUACUACGGUCAAUUGAAACACCUUGCACAUGGUGAUCUCCAUUUAACUAAUUAUGUGACUUCUAAAACCAGUUGGCUGUACCAGUGAUGAUUUGGUGUGUCAUAUUAAAGGGGGUGAAUAAUUAUAUUUGUAAUUAACUUAGAUCACUUUGUAGAGAUUAGUUUUCACUUUGACACAAGUCUUUUUCUGUUGAUCAGUGUUUUUUUUAAAAAAAAAAGCAAAUCAAAAUCCACUGCGAUUCAGUUUGGUAAAACAAUAAAACAUGAAAACUUCUUGGGGGGGGGUGAAUUCUUUUUAUAGGCACUGUCCCAACUCUUAAAAACUCCUAAUGAAAUACAGCCACAGUCAUGCCUUCUUUGUAAUUGCAGCAACAUGUUGGGCCCAGGAUAGAUUCUCAGAGAUGUUGACACUCAGAAUUUGAGAGUACCCACCCUUUCCACUGCUAAUCCAUUGAUGAGGACCUGCUGUGUGUCCCUUCCAAAGUUGACCCCACACCCUUUUAAGCAAUGUAUUAAAUCUUACUGAGUUGCCAACUGUCUUUUAGAACAUAAAACAUUACAGGCCCUUGAUCUUUUAGCCAGUUCCAAGUGCAAUCUAGCCCUUCCGUCUCACAUAGGCAUAUGGAUGAAAGAAUACUAGAGCUAUCUAGGAGUCCCUUGAAUGCCCCUAAUGUAUCCACUUUACCAUUACUCUGUAAAGUCCGAUCUUGACACCGCACUGUACGUCCCAAUCACCUUCAAAUUAUGUUCUCUCAUAUUAGCUUUUUCGCCCUGAGAAUACUCUAUGGCUGUCCAUUCUAUUAAUCCCUUUUAUCAUCUUGUACACCUCCCAUCUUCCUUCGCUCCAAAGGGAAAAAACCUACCUUGCUUACCCUCUCCUCAUAAGAUGUUCUCAAAUCCAGGCAUCAUCCUGGUAAAUCUCCAUGUACAAUAGUGUACUGCCGGACAAUGCAGGAUCUCUAGUGAAAAACAUGGUUCAUUUGAACCUUUUGUCAUUGUUCGUAACAGGUUAACCUUUUAACAUGGGGUUCAUGUUAACCUUUGAAGAACUUCUAUAUAUGCACAGUGGAGAGUAUCUUCUCUGCUUGCAUCAUGACCUGUUAUGAAAACACCAAUGCCCAAGAGCAAAGGAAGUUUACAAAUAGGCGUGGACACAGACCAAUCUAUCAUAGGCAAAGCCCUCUCCACCACUGAGCACUGCCACGAAAAGCAGCAUCCAUAAUCAAGGAUCCCCGCCAUCCAGGCCAUGUUGUCUUCUCACUGCUGCCAUUGGGAAGAAGGAGCCAGGAACAGUUAUUACACUUCAACCGUCAGGCUCCUGAACCAGCACUCACCCUCACUCACUGAACAUACUCACUUUACAAGGACUCAUAUUCCCGGUAGUAUUUAUUUAUUAUUGAUGUUAUUAUUUUUCCACAGCUUGUCUUCUUUUUCACAUUUUUUUUUUGUUAGCCUUUGUGUGUAGCCUUUCCAUUGAUUCUGUUGAAUUUCUGUUCUACUGUGAGUGUCUGCAAUAAAAUAAAUAUCAGGGUAGUAUAUGGUGAUAUAUAUGCACUUUGAUAAUAAAUUUACUUCGAAAUUUUGUCAGAACCAGAAAGUGUUGGUAAUUAACAGAGGAAAGAGUGAAAUGGAAAUUUGUGCUGAGAUGGGAGAUUAAAUAACAAAGGAUCAGUACAGGGGCCGCUAUUGUUUGUGAUAUUGCCAUAGAGCACUGUAAUAUGAAAACUGGCUCUUUGGCCCAUCUAGUCCAUGCUGGCCUGUUUUACUGUCUCAUCCCAGACUAGACCUGCACCCAGACCAGUGGAAACAUUCCACACUCAUACUCACUCUGAAUGAUGAAGUUCCCCUCCAUUUUCCCUUAAAAUUUCACCUUUCAUCCUUAACCUAUGACCUCUAGUUCCAACCUCACCCAACCCCCAGAGGGUGAUUAUAUAAAAGGGGGUUUCCUAUCUAUAAGAUUAUAAAACAUAGGAGCAGUAUUAGGCUAUUUCUCUCAUUGAGUCUGCUCUGCCAUUCCAUCAUGACUGACUUAUUAUUCCUCUCAAGCUCAUUCUCCCAUCUUAUCACUGUAACAUUCGACAUCCUGACUAAUCAUGACCCUAUCAUCCUCUCGUUUAAAUAUACCCAAUGACUUGGCCUCCACAGCCACCUGUGGCAAUGAAUUCCACAGAUUCACCACACUAUCCCUACCAGGCAAGCCCCUUGAUAAUGGAGCAAUAAAUAUUUGGUCUCCCAGUGAUGCGUAACACACUGUGGCUCAAUAUACCAAAGCUAUUGGGCUACUAAAGAUAUUGAUGAAAAAAUAAUAUUUAUUAACAGUGCACUUCACUGUGGAAAUAUUUACUGACAGAAUUAGGAGAGUUAUCUUUUUACAGAAUCAAAUUUUACUUGACUGAAUUAAUAAAUUUCCAACUUUUUUUUUGUCCCCAUGUGCUCUCAAUAAUCAAGCCAGUACAAUCAAUAGAAUUAUUGGGUUGUGCAACUCACUUCACCACUCUCUGACUAGAGAAAUUAUGCUUCAGCUGGGUUCUAAAGGGACGGUCUUGUAUUCUGAGGCUGCACCGGCCACUCCUUUGGUAACCGACUCGGUUGAACUAACGCUUUGCACUGCUGUAUUACAAAGUUUAUUUCUUCAAGAUGAGUAUAAAGACCAAAAUCAAAUUAGCCUUCAUGAUUAAUGUAUUUACCUGCCCAAGGCUUUUGACAGUGUCAAGAACUGGUACCAAACCUUCAUCUGCAGCCUCACCAGAAGUUUAUACUAUCACGGUAUGAUAGUGUUCCUCUGGAAGCAAGUGAAGACAUAUUUCAUUGUAUCCUUCCAUGUACAUGUGAUAAAUAAAUCUCAAAUGGCAAACCUGAAAACUCAUAUUGGAGGACCAUUCCAUCUGUGUAACCUCCAGCCUGAUCACAUGAACAUUGGUUUCUCUAACACCUGGUUAUUUCUCCCCCCUUCUUUCUUGUUGCAUGUUGCAUUCCCCAGUCACCACUUCACACCUUUCUUCUACAUCCCUCCUUCACUUACUUCCAUAACCCACUAACCUCUUGUAACAGAUGCUGCCUUCUUCAGCCCUUCACCUCUUUCACCUAUCACCUCCUAGCUCCUUAACUUCAUCCUACCUCCCAUAAGGGAAUAAGACAGAGGAGCAGAAUUAAGCAUAGGGCCAUCAAGUCUUCUCUGACAUUCCAUAAUGGGUGAUUUAUUAUCCCUCUUAACAUCAGGAUGCUCUUUAUCGACUACAGCUCAGCAUGCAGUUCCAUCACCCCCUCAAAAUUAAUCAAUUACCCUUGGCCUCAAUACCCCCUUGUGCAAUUGGAUCCUGGAUUUUCUCACUUGUAGACCUCAGUCAGUUCAAACUGGCAAUACCAUCUCCACCAUGAUCUCCAUCAAUAUAGGUGCACUACAAGGCUGUGUGUUUAGUCCACUGAUCUAUUCGCUGUGACUGUGUGGCUAUGCAGAGCUAAAACACCAUAUUUAAGUUUGCUUGUGACACCACUGUCAUGGGCUGAAUCAAAAGUGAUGAAUCAGCAUGCAGGAGUGAGAUUGAAAAUCUGGCUGAAUGGUGUCAUAACAACAACCUCACACUCAAUGUCAGCAAGACCAAGGAACUGAUUAUAAACUUCAGAAGAAGGAAACCAGAGGUCCAUGAGCCAGUCCUCAUCUGAGGAUCAGAGGUGGAGAGGGUCAGCAACUUUAAAUUCUGAAGUGUUACUAUUUCAGAAGACCUGUCCUGGCCCCAGCACAUACAGUAAGUGCAAUUAUGAAUAAAGCACAGUAGCACCACUAUUUCCUUAAGAGUUUGCAAAUAUCUGGCAUGUCAUCUAACAUUUUGACAAAUCUAUAGAUGCGCAGUGGGCAGUACAUUGACUGGCUGCAUCACAGCCUGGUAUGGAAACACCAAUGCCCUUGAAUGGAAAAUCCUACGAAAAGUAGUGAAUACAGCCUAGUCCACCAACUGUUGAGCACAUUUACAUGAAAGAUGUUGCAGGAAAGCAGCAUCCAUCAUUAAGGACCUCCACCAUUCAGGACUGCUCUCUUCUCACUGUUGCCAGCUGGAAGAAGGUAUAAGAGCCUCAGGACUCACACCACCAGGUUCAGGAACAGUUACUGCAUCUCAACCUUGAACAAGAGCAGAUAACUUCACUCAACUUCACUUACCCCAUCAUUUAAAUGUUCCCACAACCAAUGGACUCACUUUUAAGGGCUCUUCAUCUCAUGUUCUUGAUAUUUAUUGCUUAUUUAUUUGUAUUAUUGUUUCUUCUUUUUGCAUUUGCUCAGUUUGUUGUCUUGUGCACUGUAGUUGAAUAUCCUAGUUUGGUAGUUUUUCAUUGAUGUUAGGGUUACUGUUCCAUAGAUGUAUUGAGUAUCCCCCACAGGAAAAUGAUUCUCAGGACUGUACGUGGUGAAAUAUAUGUACUUUG